AUGACUGUUGAUUCGUAUUACAACGGUAAUGAUCUUCGAUCCCCCUAUGAGCUCGAAGCGUCGGACCAGGAUUCGCAAUAUGCCCCCACUCCAGGAUACUUCGGUUGCACACCCAAGUCACGAUGCGGACUCAGUCCUUCCCCCGGCUUUUACACCCAGAACGGUCUUGCGGAGGUAUCCCAACGCGACGAGGAAAAUCCCAGACUGCUUCAGCUCUCCGAGUGGAACGAGGAAUUGCGAAAUAAUGAGCUUCCAGCAAGCUGCAUCCAGUAUAUGAUAGAGUGGAAGGUUAUGCUGAAUAGGAAGGUCAUCUCACGAGACACAGAAGAGGACGUAGCCCUGACUCCGAGUGCCUACUGGCCGGUGCACUUGAGGCCCAAGUUGGAGAAGUUGCUAGAAGGGAAAACCUCCCGUGCAGGCAGGAUUAGGUCGGAUGAUACCUCGAUCGUUGUGUCGGUAAACGAUCGUUCCCAGCGCGAUCUGACGAAGCGAUUUGAGAAUCUCAACAUCGAUUGGACCGCUGUGGAAAAACAGCUACUUAGAUGGGGGGAACUGUUUUGUCGAGGAAAGAAACUGAGGCUAAGUAUUACCUUUAAAUACAUUGAGGAUGACCACCUCCCCAGAACUACCUCGGGUAGGGUUGAGAAAAGAGGACGGUCAUCUGUUACUAAGAGAAUGCUCAACGAGCGAGAUGCCCAACUGGAUGCCGAAGAAAAUGCCUCCGGAGAAGAGUCCGUCUGGCGGAGUGUCUAUAAUCUGAUGCGCUGUCCUUCCUCAUCAUGCCACCUAGGCCGAUAUUGCUGGCAAGACCCUCACGGGAAAAAACAUUAUGGACUGAGAACCCAUCAUUCAAAACGUCUAAUUGACUUUGUGGAGAAAGGAGGAACCGUACAAUCCCAUGAUGACGUCCCAGACAAUAUUCGGGAAGACUUAUAUAUGGAAGAGCGACACAGAUUGGAGAAUCAACAAUCCAAGAAUAACAAGAUGACUGACACCCCGGGAAGUUGUCCUAUCAAUUUUAACUUUAAUGGGGUACAACCUUCCCCUCAACCGGAGGCGCUCAAUUCACUCGCAACCCCAGCAAUGCUUUCAUCACCAAAUAGCCUAUCCAGUGACGACUUUAACAUUCCUGGACUUCGAGAUGAGGCAGUUCGAGAGUACACCGCUUGGCAUGAAACAAAUGUCGGUGAUGACUAUUUGAAAGCGCAAUUCCGGGGAGCGCGCGAUGUUGCUCUGGCAAAUGGUCUAGAUCUUCAACUGAUAUAUGAGGAUCAAAACCCAUCGUUUUUCAUCGAUCAGGGGAUCGUGGUAGGUAUUGCCCGUCAGUUUGUAAGAGAUAUCGUCAAAUGGGUUCGGAGUGUGAGGAAAGUUUCAUCGAUAGAAGGAAGGGCGCAAGAAACUCUCUGA